GCGUCCUAUUUCUCUAUUUAGUUUGUGGACCGCGUGCAUUGCAGCCGUCAAGCGCCGUGCGUUAUCAGCUACCUACAGCUUACAAGGUGAAGUGCGUCACAUCGCAGCGUUUUUAGAACAAAGAGAAGGCAAGUUCAAUCGUAUGUCCAUCCAGAAUCUCAACACAUACGAUCCAUUCGCCGAUGCUAUUAAAAGCUCGGAGGACGACGUACAAGAUGGUUUAGUCCACGUCCGGAUCCAGCAGCGGAGCGGGCGCAAAACGCUGACUACAGUGCAAGGUCUAUCAUCCGAGUAUGAUCUGAAGAAGAUAGUGCGGGCAUGCAAGAAGGAGUUCGCGUGCAACGGGACGGUUGUGGAGCACCCGGAGUACGGAGAGGUGUUGCAGCUACAGGGCGAUCAACGAGAGAACAUUUGCCAGUGGCUUACGAAGUCAGGGCUAGUUAAGCCCGACCAACUGAAGGUGCACGGCUUUUAAACCGAAAAUAACGCAACCAAUAACAUGAAGAUCAUUAUUAUAGUCUGUUGAUGACGCACGUGUUAUAAUAACCCUUCGAAUAUGUAUUUAGAAAGCAUCGAUGUUUACAGAGAAAGGACUGGGCCUGGCCGCCUAGGCCGUCGCCCCGUGCCUUCCUUACUCCCAUGUGUAAAGUGUACGGCGUCUCAAGUCUUUAGUUGCAAUUCAAACCGAACGAGAUACACAUAGUAAUGCACGUUUUUUACAUUUUAUUUUUAAAUUUCUGUAAUUGAAUUAAUAAAAUGUUUUUGUAAACUAA